GGGUACGAUGGCGAUGGAGGUCCGGCGCAGGCGAGGAAAACCGCAGGACGGCAAGCACGACGCCGACGCGACGGCGGAUCAGCCGAGGACGGUUCGGAGGGACGAGCCGAACAAAGAGACAGAUCCGAAUACUUCGAUAGAAAGUAAUAAAGCAAAUAUAUCGUAUUCUGCCGAGCUGAAGCAACUUUUAUCGAAUAAUGCGGUUCGCGCUCGAAUUAGGAUCAGUUUGGAAAUUGAUCUGAUAGCGGUGAUUCUAUUAAUUACGGGCAUUUGCACUCGCCUUUAUCGCCUCGAGGAACCGCGCAGCAUAGUCUUCGAUGAACUGCAUUAUGGCAAGUACGUCGGAUUAUACAUGAAGAGAACGUUCUUCUUCGACUCCCACCCGCCUUUAGGGAAGCAAUUGGUCUCCGCAGCGGCGUACUUGGCUGGGUUCGACGGACAAUUUAAGUUCGACAGGAUCGGAAGUCCUUACAGCGAUGCGGUUCCUUUAUAUGCAUUGCGUCUGGUACCGGCAAUAUGCGGCAGUCUACUGAUCCCCACGGGAUAUUAUCUCGUCCUGGAGUUGGGUCUGAGACAAUGGGCCGCAGCAAUUGGCGGAAUUUUACUCUUACUCGAUAAUGCACUGUUGACACAGUCGAGAUUUAUCCUGAUGGAAAGUAUCUUGAUGCAUUUUUCAUUGCUCGGCUUGUUGUGCAUCGUAAAAUUUCGGAAAAUUAUGGAUCGACCGAUAUCCGCAUCCUGGUGGAUAUGGCUGAUAUUAGGCAUCGUGAAUUUAACAUGUGCACUAUGCGUGAAGUACGUUGGAUUUUAUUCUAUGGCUCUCGCGCUCUUCUUGAUUACUCACGAUUAUUGGUCCCUGCUCUCAAGAAAGGCCCUGUCGAACACGAUCUUGUGGAUUCAUCUUUUGCUAAGAUUCAUCGUGCUGAUCGCUGUUUUUGCCGCCGUAUAUUUGAGUAUAUUCUACGUACAUUUGGCAGUACUCUCGAAGGCGGGACCACACGAUUCGGUGAUGACGAGCGCAUUCCAAGCGAGUCUGGAAGGAGGACUCGCUAGCAUCACGAAAGGGCAACCUCUGGAAGUGACGCACGGUUCGCAGAUAACUCUCAGACACACGUAUGGCAGAGCCUGUUGGCUGCACAGUCAUAAUCAAGUGUAUCCGUUACGGUAUCCCGAUGGUCGUGGCAGCUCUCAUCAGCAGCAGGUCACUUGUUACUCGUUUAAGGACGUUAACAACUGGUGGAUCGUCAAGAAACCGGACAAGAACGAUCUAGUGGUGACGAAACCCAGUGAGCCUAUUCGGCACGGUGAUGUGAUACAACUGGUGCACGGGAUUACGAGCAGAGCGUUGAACUCGCACGACGUUGCGGCGCCGAUGACGCCGCAGAGUCAAGAAGUGUCGUGUUACAUCGACUACAACGUGUCUAUGCCGGCGCAGAACCUGUGGCGAGUGGAGAUCACGAACAGGGAUCAUUCCGGCGACGCGUGGCACGCGAUUCAGAGCCAGGUGCGGCUGAUACACGUGCACGCAAAUGGAGCCGAGUUCGCGUUGAAGUUCAGCGGCAGACAAUUGCCUGACUGGGGCUACAAUCAGCACGAGGUCGUGGCGGACCGGCUGGUGGACCAGACCAAUUCCAUCUGGAAUGUCGAGGAGCAUCGGUAUACCAAAAGCGAGGACCAGAAGCAACGGGAACGGGAGCUGAUCAGCGCAGAAAUGAUACCGUUACAGGCGACCGCGUUGAGCUUCUGGGAAAAAUUCGCAGAGCUGCAGGUGAAGAUGUUGUUUGGCGGCCAAGAGGGUCAAAACAGCCACAUGUAUUCCAGCGGACCUCUCGAGUGGCCGUUGAUGUCCCGCGGGAUCGCGUAUUGGGUGUCUAACGACAGCAAUGCACAAGUGCACCUUUUAGGAAACAUCAUAAUUUGGUACUCCGGUACAAUCUCAGUAAUUGUAUACGUAACGCUACUGAUAUUUUAUUUAAUGAGGAGGAGAAGACAAUGUUUCGACAUUCCAGAGGAAGAGUGGGAAAAGUUCGUUAACAACGCUUAUGUACUGUUAGCUGGAUACUUUCUUCAUUUCUUACCUUACUUAUUCGUUGAACGAACUUUAUUCUUGCAUCACUAUUUACCAGCUUUCAUUUUCAAAGUCUUAUUAACGGCAGCCACAAUUGAUCAUCUGUAUUAUUUAAUUGGCACUCAUUGUUCAGCGUGGAGCAUUUCGUUGUACAUCGUAGCAUGCGGUAUCUUUGCUUGGGUAUUUAUUAUUAUCUACGUGUUCAAGAAAUUCAUUGUAUUCAGUUAUGGAACAUCAGCUCUCACUGCCAAGGACGUGAUAAAAUUAAGGUGGAAAGAUACCUGGGACUUCAUUGUACAUAAAACGUAAGAAUUCGCCAAGUUUAAGCAUUACGAAGCCUGUUAUACAAGACGUAAUAUUUUUAACUUUAAGACCAUUAUGUAUUGAAACACAUGACAUUUACAUAACAGACGUUAUUAGCGUAUUUUUAUGAAAGGAUUUAGAAAAUGUUAUAUUCGCAUGUACUUGGCCGGAAAAUUUUUUUUUUAAGAACUAUGAAAUCGUUUGUAUUUCGUAUGAAGACUUUUACAGUGCAAUUGAAAAGGUUUGUGAGUUAUCCAGAUAAUUUUAAUUAAAUAUUUAUAAACGCACAACGUAACAUAUCUGAGAGAUGCUUUUUCACAGUAAUCAAAUCUAGUUUCAAUAGUAAUGCCAAUACACUUUGUGUGUGUGUGUGUGUGUGUGUGCGCGCGCGCGCGUGCGUUCGCGCGUGUGUGUGUGUGUGUGUGUAAUACUAUGUCGUGAGCUCACUGCUUUUCGUCAACAUUAUUGCUUAUGUGACCAGACAGCGCAUCGUGUAAACAUUGUAUGAAAUAAUUUCUAUAGUCAUUUGAUACAAAGACCGCCUACAAUAAUAACACUUAUAAUAAUAAAUUCUAUUUUGUCGACGUUAUGACCCAAACUGUUUUAACUUGUAGAAGUUCUUUAACAGAUUUCAUAUAGAAGUUAUUAAAAAAAAAAAGUUUAUUUCUGGCCAAGUACAUGCGAAUAAAUGUUAUUGCUUAUAAUGCGCACAUAUGUAUGUGACGAAAUAUCUUGUUAUAAUGAGGUAACAAGUGCCACAAAUAUAUGAAUAAUGUUAUAAUGGCGAGUCCUUUAAUAAUAUUGUAAAAGUUAAACACGAA